CAAACAUUAGUCUAGUUUUUGCCCUCAGAUAGUUAGCAUCUCUCUAACCAUAGAGGUCAUACAACCCCACAAACCGGUUUUCUAAUCGGAAAAGUGAAUCCUAGCCGCAGUGUGGACCGACCACCAGUUAUGACCCUAUCCAAUAUGUCGGUUUACCAAACAAAACAAAACAAUAACCAGUCACCAGACAUAUUUACCUCAAAAGCAAAGCUCGGAUUUUCAAUAGAUUCAAUUGUCGGAGUCAAACGAGAAAGAUCAAGAUCUCCGACCUCUCCCUUGAGGUCACCAGUUAGAAUAAAGAGGUCAUGGUCCCCCCCGGCCUCCCCAACAGACUUUAGUUUAACCUCCCGUGAGUCGAGACCAAGAUCAAGAUCACCAAUUCGACCUCGAUCCGUUUCUCCUCCCCGACAAACUCUUUCUCCGUUGCUCCGCCCAAUUCCAACUUCGAUGGGGGGCGUACCCCAGUCCUACCUUGAACAGCUUGCAUCUCUAAAAGCCCUCUAUGAGGGUAAAAAUCAAGGAAUGCAUUUACCCCCCACCCAACUUCUACCCCCAGCCUUUAUGAACCAGGGGUUGCAUGGUUUUCAUAGACCCCCCACCCACCCCUUCCUCGGUCUCCCCCAACACCAACUACCCCCUCGGGAAUAUCCUCUACACCCCUGGUUUCUUAAUAGACACAGAUUUCCAUUAGGUCCACAGUUCCCUGAAUUUCUUCUACCUUUCCGUAAACCUAAGAGAAUAAGAACUGCAUUCUCUCCCUCACAGCUUCUAAAAUUAGAACAAGCUUUUGAGAAGAAUCAAUAUGUCGUCGGUCAAGAGAGAAAAGAACUGGCCAAGUCAUUAAACUUGUCAGAAACACAGGUGAAAGUCUGGUUCCAGAAUCGACGAACUAAGAACAAGCGUGAGCAGCAGGACGGUGACGGGAACAGGAUUCCAGGGGAGGAGGGGGAGGAGCUGGAUAUCAUCGAGUAUGACGAGGAAGACGACUAUGUGGAUCAUCAUCAAGCCGAGCAUCAUCAGUAGAACGAGGAUACACACAACACACCAUUUAUAAAAACCAGUUUCUAAAAAAGUUCUAAAAAUCCUCGAACUCGCUAUUGUUAGUGUACACUGUUCGCCAGGUUGAAUCUAGAAAAUCCGUGAGAAACCUAAAUCCCCGGGUAAACUAGAGCGAGAGAACGCAGGAUAAAAUCAUAAAUUUCAACUGUUUGAUUUGAGGGGAAAAGUUGGUUGAGAGAUUACCCUGAUUGAAAACAGUUUGAAGAUUGGAAGAUUAGGGUCGUGUUCAAGAUUUCUCCGUAAAACUAGAUCAAAACAAUCCUAAAAUGAUGACUCUGGUUUGAAAAUGAUCUCCUACGGACGGAAAAUUUGAAAAUUACAAGAAUUGGAAUGAUAUCACGAACUAUGCAAAGAUUGAAAUUGCAAUAAUAUUUCUAUUUGCAAAAUUUGCAAAAAGUGUUGAUUUGUGUUAACCGUCCAACCCCAACCAGGGAGGGGCAUCAUCAUCAAUAAUCAUCAUUUUUCAUAUUUUUAAUUGUGUGAUUUUGUGAUAUAUUUAAAAUAUUUAUCGCGUGUGCCAAAGAAGUUUUUGUCGCUUCAAUUUUUUUAUUUAGAAAUAAUUUUUCUUAUAGCUUUAUACCGUGAUCUUCACAAGUGCCAUGCAAGAAUAGCAUAUAUGUGUUUUAGCAUCUUUAAAAAUUUUCCCAGUCACCGCAUUUUCUUACGUCUGUUGCAAGUUUCGGUCGCCGACGAUUGUUUGUGUUUCAAGCGAUAAUUCACACAGUGUGAAGUCUAUAUAUUUCAAUAUUUUAACUGCUUUAUGAUUAUUAUCAUUAGAUACAAUCAUUAUUAUGAUUAUUGUUCUCUGCUUAUAUAUGGUUAUACUAAUAAAUAAAAUUGUUUUUAAUUAUG